UGAGCGUGCCCGCCCAGCAGAAGAGGGUUCAGCUUACUGGUGUUUUCUGGGUUGGGUAAAUUCGCUGGUUAUAGUGAGCGGGAGACCAUGCGAUUGGCCACCGUGAUCACAGGAGUGCUGUUGCCACUGGCUGUGGCGGCUGCCGGAGCCGCCAAGGCCGCGUAUGGCACCGAGCCCGCCACAGGGGCAGCAGCAGCAGCAGCAGCUCGCGCGGCGCCUGGAGCAGAGGCUGUAACAGACGGCACUCCUGGACGAAACCCCGCCGCCGAGGCGCCCGCCCCAGCCGCCGAGUCGGGUGGAGCAGAACCCAGCGGCGCCUUUGAGCUGCCUGUGGUGCUGCCCGAAUACCCCACGAACGAGGAGGACGCCUACCUGUGCACCUCGGUGCCGCUGCCAGACCGCCCGCUCAAGCUGGUGGGCAUCAGCUCCAACUCAGACCAGCGCAUCGUGCACCACAUGCUGCUGUUUGGCUGCAAAGCGCCGGCCCAAACCGCCGAGGUUUGGAACUGCCGCAUGAUGAGCGCGUGCGAGGACAGCGGCAGCGAGAACGUGCUGUAUGGGUGGGGCAAGAAUGCGCCUGCCAUGGCGGUGCCAGACGGCGCUGGCUUCAGUGUGGGGCCUGGCACGAGCAUCCGCACCGUGGUGCUGCAGAUGCACUACCUAAAUGGCCGGCCAGCCAACGAUACUUCAGGCCUCACUCUGCGCCUCAGCCCACAAGAGGUGCCCAACUCUGCCGGCAUGGUUGCCUUUGCCUCCGCAUUCUUUAUACCGCCAGACACCCCAGAGACAGUGGUGGACAACACCUGCUGCUACAGCGGGUGGGAGCCGCUGCACGGCUUCGCCACCCGGGUGCACACACACGCGCUGGCUGCGCUGACGAUGCCAUGCCGGCGGCGGCACGCUCCACCACUGCGCCUGCAGGGCUUCUACCCCAUCAAGCCGGAGGCGACGAUCCUGCCCGGCGACCGCUUGGCCAUGGCCUGCCGCUUCAACAGCUCAGGCGUGCAUCACGAGGUGCAUGCUGGGGCCACGCACUCGGACGAGAUGUGCAACCUGUACCUCAUGCUGUACAGCCACCUGCCUGUCUUCAUGUGGUGCAUGGAUGGGCGGGAGUGGCUGGAGGUGGGUGGCCUGGCGAGCGCCGGCUUUGGUUGCAGAAGCUGGCUGGAAGCGGUGCAGACGGAAAGGAGCAGUGGUGUUGUGAGGCGGGGAGGUGCAAGGCUGCACAUCCGGCAACUGCUGCGCCCUUGGCAUACCUGA